CACAUCCCUCCGUUGGCUUGAGGAUGAGGGAGAUUUGAAGAUGAAGGACUCUUACUUAUCAGAUCUGCACAGCAACCAUCGGCCAUUACACCGCUUGACUUGUUGGAGUUUGCCAGAUUUGAGGGUUUGUGAAGAUGCUUUGCUCUCAGAUGAAGGUGCUCUUUGUGGCUUUGUGCUCCUCCAUGCUGGCGCUCCACGUCAGCUCUGCUCCACAAAUGGACGAACUCACGGAAACCCUGCAAGCAGAACUGAUCAGCGAUAAGGAUCUAACCGGCUUGCUCUUGCUGAGGUUCAUGUCUGAACUGAUGGCGUCCAGAGAAGAGAUGCUCCGCGAGAAGCAAGAGGAGGAGGAGGAGGAGCUCGGAGGCCGGCAGAAGCUGAUGAGACGACACAUCCGCUUCACCCACCGAGAGCGCAAAGCAGGCUGCCGAAACUUCUUCUGGAAGACUUUCACCUCAUGUUAGCACGAGACACAUUAGGACCUCAAAACCUGGAAUAACUACGUUUUUAAAACAAGUCACUGCAAUGUUACGAGUUUACUUUUGUCACCUGAAAUGUAUGAUUCAAGAUAUUUAAACUCUUCUGAAAUUAAAGAUAACUUUUGAUCCUUCAUUUACUACAUCAGGUAACAUAUUAUUGUUACUCUGAGCCAGGAAAGGAACAUAAAUGCAUAGACGUGUCUCAAUACAAAGCAACUCAUGCACAAAUAACAUGCAUCAAGUUAAAUAUCCACCCUUUUUUCUGCACGUUCAAUAAAAUACUUGCUUUUUAUUAUUCAACAUGUUUAUUCAGCCCCACCAAAAAACGUCCCCAAGAGUAAAUCUGACACUUGCAGGAUGGGUUGACAACAUCUUAAAAAAGCACACAAAUGAUUCAGGACCUUAAAAAGUCGUCUGAGCAACGAUGAAACGUUUUAUCUUAGUGACGAAACUGCAGUAGCAACACUUCACGAGGUCAAGUAACGGGUGAAAUAUCUGAACCGUUUUUGCUAAAUUCACAGUCAACCAAGCAGGAUCAUUACGACGCUGAGAUGAAAUCCUUGAGGUAAGGCUUUCAAAUCUGUAGCCCUUUAGGUUUAAAGACAUACAAAAAAACAAACAAAAACAAAAGGACGGAAAACAGGGAUGCUACACAUUUUCCAUUUCUUAAGUUUUAAACAUUUUAGCUUCUAGGUACAAAAAACAUUUACUGUCUUUUUUUUUUUUUUUUUAACAAUCUGUGUUUUUCUCAGAAUCCCCAAAAUUGUACAGAAGAUCCAUUAUGUGACCUGCAAUAGUUGUAAAGCUGUGGGAGCGUUCCAGAGUUUCUCCACUAGAGUCUAAAACAUCAAUGUGCAUUAAUCAAAAUUUGAUUUUGGAGCGAUUUAUCAUUCACAAAAUUCAGAUAAUUAGCUUCAGAAAAA